UGUUAACGGUAUCGCAAUUUGAUGUUACGAAAUUAUUCCCAUUGAGUGAUCCCUUGUCGUUUGUUUUGGUUCCAAAAUACUCGAAGCAAAUUCAAAGCAAAUGUUGCAAGUUUUUCUAUGAAUGAAAUCAUACAAAAUGUUUUUACGGGGUGUUGCGAAAAACCUAUCUGCGAUAUCGUUUCGCUGCAUAACUACAGACGCUAGGGCGAAAGACUGGCCACGCAAAAUCUUUUCCGGAGUGCAACCUACCGGUGCGCUACAUAUAGGAAACUACCUAGGCGCUGUAAAACGAUGGGUCGAUCUACAAAACGCUGGGGAAGAUGUAACCUAUUGCAUAGUGGACCUUCACUCGAUUACGCUGCCCCAGGAUCCCGAGGUGCUUCGACACAACAGCCUUCAGAUGACGGCAACCCUGUUGGCAUGCGGAAUAGACCCGGCCAGGUCCACCCUUUUCCUGCAAUCGGCAGUUGCUCAUCAUGCCGAACUGUCCUGGAUUUUGGGCUGCAUGACUACGAUGGCAAGGUUGACACAUUUGCCCCAGUACAAGGAGAAGUCUGCUAAGCUGAAGGAGAUUCCGCUAGGGUUGUAUAUCUAUCCGGUUUUGCAAGCCGCAGAUAUUAUGCUAUACAAAGCUACUCAUGUGCCAGUCGGAGAGGACCAGGUUCAACAUCUUCAGAUGGCACAGUCACUGGCCAGAGCAUUCAACAAUAGGUUCGGAACGACAUUUCCGUUUUGCAAUGCCAUCAUCUCUGAUGACGCCAGCAGUCGGUUAAAAUCUUUGCGAGAUCCAACGAAAAAAAUGUCAAAGUCCGAUCCUGAUUCGAAAGCAUGUGUGAUGCUAACGGAUACACCGGAAGCGAUUCUUGAGAAAAUCAAAAAAUGUGUAACAGACUUCACAUCGGAGGUUACAUACCAGCCAGAAGCUCGUCCGGGUGUGGCAAAUUUGAUUACAAUCCACUCGCUAGUGAGUGAUAAAACGCCUCAACAAAUUUGCGAAGAAGCAAAGGGGUUAAGUACGGGCCAGUAUAAGCUGCAAGUAGCUGACGCUUUGAUAGCUCAUCUCAACCCGAUUAGAGACAAUAUCAGGAGGUAUUUGGCCGAUACGGAAUACCUGUCAUCGGUUAUUGAAGAAGGGAGCGACAAAGCGAGAACCGUCGCAGAGAGAACGAUAGCAGAAGUCAAGGAAAAGGUAGGAAUGGAUGCAUUUAGUUCAGCGAGAACGCAAGGAUUACGGAGGAAGCAAAACAUUGAGUGAUGUUAACAUGUACAUAGUUGUUACUAUCUAAUAGAGAGUUGUAGGAACGCUAAAAAAAUUUUUUUUAGAAUAUAAUUAAAGAAACACCAAAAUUGAAUAUAUUCAGUUUAUGGAUGAAACUACGACGAUUCCACUGUAACACAGUGAUGUUUCCAAGACAUCGACAUGGAUGAUCAUACUUUAUAGUUUUGUACGUGUGACCCAUUUCAGUAAUCUCUCCGUGCAAUCUUUACGUCAUGGGAAGGGGUGUAGAUAGGAUACUCCAACGUCGAAUGAUAAUCAGCAUCAAUCUUAUUUGGGUGCUUCCGGUUAGACACAACAACUUGCAGUUCAUUCAAGUUUUUCAAAUAAACAUUACUGAGCCAUACCUUGUCAGAUGUUUUAUUAUUUGAAUUUCUUUAUUGGCUUUCCGUUCGGUUUGGGGCGGAAGAAAUCAACUUACGAAGACUCUUAAAUUGAACCGAUCAAUUAGUGUACAAGGGACGGUAAUCUGCCCUAUCUAUGAAAAAGGUGACAAGCUGGAUUGUGGGAAAUACCGUGCAAUCACGA